GACACCAGUAUCGGGUUCAUGUUUGUUGUUGAGCUAAGACUGAGGAGUUGGCGACCCUCAAGCGCCUAGUGGCUACGCCCCCCGAUCCCCGGGGCGAGCCGAGUCGACCCUCCCUUCCUGUCCGGUUGCGUCAUGACGUCACUCUGCAUCAGCACCCACGGAGCAGUCGCAGCCAUUUUACUCCGCCAAAUAAACUUGAAUCUGAUUGCCGGAGGAGAGCAAAACAACAGAAGACUAGUCUGUCACUGACGGAUAUAUCAUCAUGAACGUCAAGUCGGACGUGUUUGGAUUUCCGCUCUUGCCAAGUUGGUAGCAACCGCACCCAACCGAAAUAGCAGCGACCCGUUCUUCGUAGUUGCCAUUUGACUCGGACGGCGUGAGGAUUCUCAAGUUCUCUUCCGAAUCAUCAGGAUGGAGUCCCAGGCGUUCCUCGGGGCAGAAGGGGUGUGUCUGCUGGUGCCUAGUCCCCAAAGUGAAGCGGUGACCCACGAAAUGGAAGAGUUGUCACUGCAGCCGACCCAGAACCUCCCUCCGCUCAACGAACGCAAAAACGUGCUGCAGUUGAGACUUCAGCAAAGACGGACUCGGGAGCAGUUGGUGGAUCAGGGCAUCAUGCCGCCACUGAAGAGCCCGGCCGCCUUCCAUGGGCAGAUACGUAGCUUAGAGAGAGCCAGGACUGAGAAUUUCCUCAAGCAUAAAAUCCGCAGUCGUCCAGAGAGAGCAGAGCUGGUCAGGAUGCACAUCUUGCAAGAAACCGGAGCCGAACCUUCACUCCAGGCCACCCAGAUGAAGCUGAAAAGGGCCCGGCUGGCAGACAACCUCAAUGAGAAAAUAGCCCAGAGACCCGGUCCCAUGGAGCUGGUUGAGAAAAACAUCUUGCCUGUGGAUUCCAAUCUUAAAGAGGCCAUAAUAGGGCAGGUAAACUAUCCCAAAGUCAUGGAUGAGGACAGCAGUGACGCCUUGUCCCCAGAGCAGCCUGCCAGCCAAGAAUCUCAGAGCUCUUUGCCCUCGCCAGGGGACGGCAAAUGCCCUGAAACAGCCUCUCCUCCGAUCCCCGUUUUGAAGUCCCCCCAGUCCGCUACGCAAUGUACUACAGACACGCUGAGGGUCAUCUCUACGAAUGAGCAGCCAACAAGCCGCCUGGCCGUUUCUCACACUCAGCCGAUCGCUACAGUCGCUCCCUCCAAACCGGGCCCGACAUUGAUUAAACAAAGCCAGCACAAGAUGCCCUCUGAGAAGAUCCGGAGCAAGAAAGGCAAAGAUGCCAAGCCCAGAGUGAGAAAGCUCAAGUAUCACCAGUAUGUUCCGCCAGACCAGAAGCUGGAGCCCAGCGAGGCCUCCAUGGACUCCUCCUAUGCUCGACUUCUGCAGCAACAGCAGCUUUUCCUCCAACUGCAGAUCCUCAGUCAGCAACAGCAACACUACAACUAUCAAACUAUAUUGCCAGCCCCACUCAAACCUGUGGCAGAAGGCCAAAGCGGCAAUGCCAGCGGACUGCCGGCCUCCAUUGUGGUUUCUUUACCCACUGCACCUCCAAUGCCUCUGGCCCGACAGAACAACUCAUUAUCGAACCGCAAACCCGGAGUCUUGCCUGCCAACCUGGAGGAAAUGAAGGUGGCCGAGCUCAAACUGGAGCUAAAACUCCGUGGUCUUCCUGUGUCCGGAACUAAAACGGAUCUGAUCGAAAGGCUGAAGCCUUUCCAGGAUCUUUCCGGCUCAUCGGCUCCCGACGCUAUUCCCGCACCUGCCGCUACCGCGCUCACCCCAGUUCCCAUGGAAACCACCACGACCAGCCCCGCCGUUGUCCAUCCACACCAGCAGGGAGCGACGGAGAAGAUGAGCGGCACGCCUCCGGUUUCCCCCGUUCCCAACGGUCCGUUUGCCGUUCCUCAGGAUUCGAGCGUGUCCGAAGUUCGACGUGAAAUGCAGUUAGCGUACUCUGGCUCAGGAGGGCCGGGCUCCUCCCCUCUCCCUAAACUGCCAGUACCGGAGAAGGACAGGAGGCUCCACGAAAAGGAGCGACAAAUUGAGGAAUUGAUGAGGAAGCUGGAGCAGGAGCAGAAAUUGGUGGAGGAGCUGAAGAUGCAGCUGGAGGUAGAGAAGAGGAGUCAGAGCAGCUGUACCACUGAUUCUGCCUCCAAGCUCAGCACCGUGAACCCUAUUUCGGCAAGCCUGAACGCAAACACUGUAAAACCGGAACAACAAUUUUUGACAAACUGUUCUCCGACUUCGCUUACCAACUCUAUCCUGGGCUCCCUCACGAACCCGCCCCAACCUUCGGUGAAGUUAGAGGAUGUGACCGUUUCUUCCGGAAAGCCUAUCCAGCCGCAAACCCGACCGCAGCUCAUCCCCCAAAACCCGGUCCAGGUCAGUAAGAGCCCACCUCAUCACUGCCAAUCCCAGAAAAGCCCCAAACUCCAGAACCAGCCUCAGUCCCAACCCACCGCCCCGAACCUGCAGCAGUUCCUCAUCAGCCAUCCCGGCGGGAUGUCGCAGGUGCUCGGCCAUCCCCAGACCUUGCUAACCGCAUCCGGGCAACCUCAGACACUGCUGGCUACAAGCGGUCAGAGCGGAACCCAGAUCCUGCUUCCCGUGUCGCUAGCCAAUAACGCCAGCGCCAUUCAGCUGCCAAGCACUACUGUCAGCCUGCAGCCUCUGCUUCAAGCCACUGUAUCAAAUCCAGGCCUCGUCCAGGCGUCUAUUCCACAGCUGCAGAACAACAAAAUGGAUACGUCCCCAGAACCAAAUUUGGCCAACAACAACUCAUUGCUACAGACUUUAACAGUGUGCAACAAUACGACGGAGGGAGAGAACCACGCUCAGCCUGAGAUAAAUCCCCAAUGUUUUCUGAGGAGCUCCCCGGACAGAAGGACCUCUCCUUGUGCCUCGCCCAACCACAUCACAAAUGGGCCAAUCAACAAGUCUUCCUCUCCACAGCUAACCUUUAUCCUCCAGCCUACGUCACUUCUUUCACAGCCUCCCAAGACAAAAGAGCCUCCUCGUUAUGAGGAGGCCGUCAAACAGACACGCAACAUGCAUGUUAACAAUGUUUCACAGGUUGCCACAGCGACCAGCCAGCAGAUGGAUGACUUGUUUGACAUUCUUAUACAGAGUGGAGAAAUCACUCCGUUUAUCCAGCAUGACCCUCCGGUGUCUCUGAGCAAGUCCAACCCAGUCACGGCCAACAUCAGCACCCUUCCGGUCAACACCGUCCUCUCCCGACAACCUCCCCAGAUCCAGGUGGCUCCUCCGCCGACCUUGAACCCGGCUAUCGACCCCGGCCUGCCCAACCUCUCCUCGCUGGCCACCGAUAACCAGCUGGAGGCCUUCCUGGAGAGAACGUUGGCCGACACGCCGGCGGCGGCCGACCCUCGCACCAGGGGCCUGAUGGAGGAGCUGCAGGCGCAGCUCAUGGAACAUCAGCCCUACUCUCCCAUGGACACGUCGGACCUGUCCUUCUGCGACUCCUCGUCGCCCCCUUCCUCGCUCAAUAUGGGUCUGUCCGACCCGGCUCUGGACAACAUGGAGUGGCUGGACCUCACCAUGCCGCCGGGACAAGGGCCGCUCGGGAUCCCGACCGACUUCCUGGACACGCAUGACCUGCAGCUGCACUGGGACUGACGAAAGAAUAAAAGCUAACCGAGCCCCGAACGGGACGGCGAGAAGGCUGGCACUAAAGGAAAAAUGAAAUGCUCUCACCACACCACUGUACGGGCAACGCAUGGAUGUCGCCUGACGUGAAAUGACAAGUGAGAGAUUGCACAGCUUUAAAUGAUCAUUUCAUUUGUAAUGUCUCGAUCAGAGCGGGGGAAGAAAGCAGGGAUUACGGCGUUUCGGCCUUUAUUUAGAGAGGGAAAGAGGAGACAGAACCAAAAGAAUUCCGGUAGCAUGGACUUUUUGUACAUAUUCGCUCUCCAGGAUCUCAAGGCCUGGAUCAUAUCCUUUGCCGGAUUGUCACUGACAGUGCUAGUGAUGGCUGCUGUAUCAAAACAAGGUCAUUUCAACGUGAUGACCUUUGUUGGGGAGGGGAAAAAAAUCUAUCGGGUGAUACUGACCACUUCCUGAGACUCAUCACUACGAGUCGACGCGACAGAGAGGCUGAGCCUGAACUCGGCCGUACUGUGCGUUUGCCCGCUUCUCGAAAAUGACUCGUUACACUGUCAAGAUGCUGAUAGGAGUUGAGGUAGGACGCUGCAGAAAACCUUUUGCGCAUUCAUUGGGUAUCCUUGAAAUCCAGCUUGAUGUCCAUGUACAGGGACGCUCGUUGUCCUUACAGUAAGACAGUUCAGAACAAUAACUGAUAGUGCCUUUUCCAAUAAAGGUUCAAUCGUAUUCUAGAUCAGUGGUUCUUAACCCUGAUAAAGGUACCGAACCCCACCAUUUUCACAUGUGGAUUCACUGAACCCUUUGGAAUUAGAUAAUGAAGUAUGUUUUUUUUUUUCCAAAUUAAACAUCGAUAUAUGGCGGAAAACACUCAGCUGACUUGAAGUUCUGCUCUGAGACCCCCAAUUUGGCCAACUUUCAAAAUUGUCCGAUAUGCAUGUGUGAUACAUCGUUGGAAAGCUUCAAAUCUCAAUUUUCUGGGGGAAGAAAAUUUUUUGAACAGGAGGACAUUUUUUUUUAAAACAGCAAAACCCUAACUGGAGAUGAGAGCACGCGAUAGCAUCAUUAAAGACGCCAUGAUUUUAACAAGAUAUUAUCGCGUACUUACCUUAUUUCGAUCCAAAAACUCCAUGUAUCAUGUAUCACCGAGUGUCAAGAAACAGCUGUGAAUGGCCACAACCGGAUUUUGGGGGGAUUUUAUGGGUGAAACAUGCUAAUAUAACAAUGGUGGCGAUGCGGAAAUCGCAGACAUCAAGGAGUGGUCGAGAUUUUCAUUUUCAUAUAUUUACCCUUCAAAACGUUUUUUUUUUUCCAAUUUUUCUUUGUUUGGAUCGAUUAUCAUCUAAAAUAUUGGGGAAAAUGUGACAGUAACAAAAAAAAAAUACAAUUAAGCAAGUUAUGAGGUAGAUAUUUGUGACUUUUUUACAUAUGCUAAUUUUUUCAUUGUGACGUAAUUUGUUUAGAAGUUUAAAAUAUGCGAGUGAAAUUUUUAAAUUAAAUAUUAGACAUCAAUUAAUGAUUCUAAGCUAAAAAUGACAGACAUUUUGCAUAAUAAAUAUGAUUACUUACCUUCUUUUUAUGGCUGGGUUGAAACAAAAGCGGUCGCGCGACAUCUGUAAACGGGGUUUCCAGGGUAAAACGGCCAAAUUAAAAAUAGUUCGGGUACUUAAUGCAUCAUGAAUCUGCUAUGGCAGCUUAUAGACAUAUUGUUCUAUCAAACACAAAAGUUAUUUUGGCUUGAAAUACAUCAGUUUAUUUUAAAGAGGGGUGUAAGAGCAGAAACUGCUUUUUCAGUCUUGUCUGUGUUUUCCGCCAUAUCGAAGUUAGCAAGCUCAUAAUUGAGCAAAUACCCGUUCAAAAUUCUUCUCAUUUUGACAGCAAACAGGUCAAAAUUUGAAACCAUGCUGCCCAUUGGUCUGUUGUAUUCCCUCAUGCCAAGUGCAAGUUAGGGCUGGGCGAUAUGACCUAAAGUACGUAUCACGGUAAAUUGAGCAGAUUUACCUCUAUAACGAUAAAUGACGAUAAAUUCGCCCAAGCAGACGGUUAUAUAAUUUGAAGAUCUGAAUCAAUGCGUGAAAUACAAAUUAACUGUUUCUCGUUGAUUUAUUUACCAGAUUACAAUUGAACAUAUUCAAACAAUUGUACAUGCAGUCUAAACAUUAAGCGUAUACACAUUUCUUGUAAACUUGAACAAUGUACAACAUUAUAAAAAUCAAUACGACGGCUGUGCAAACAUGUCAUUGUAACAUAAAUGACUUAGUUUGAACAAAACCCUUCAAACAGACAACUUAUUUUUAAUGGCUGCUGUGACAUAAUUAUUUAACACACGUGUUUACUUCAAGGUUUCAGGUUAUUUUCCCCAGAGCAUUUUUUAAUACAUGCGAACACACAUGCACCCCCCACAGAGACACACACAUGAAAGCUAUAUUGCUCUUUUGCCAAUGACACAUUUAAGGUUUUAUCAUAGCAGUAAUGACACAGAAUGAAGCAAGCACAUACAGAAAAAUAGCCGUGGCCAUUAAAUGGUCAUAUAGGCUUCACUGUUGCAUUAUAAUGUAUGCUGAAUGCUUUACCCUUAUGAAGAUAUCGAAGAAAUUACACACACACUGAUACAAAAUGACGCUCAUACUAAUUGCUAGGUGCAGUCCGUGCCCAAUCCACUCAUUAAGUUCAGCCGUUUUGACAAGGUUAGAACCGCUAUCCGACGCCAUUACAUUCAUUUUAUAUUGCGUUAGCUGCUAGCAUUAGCCUGUGGCCUGGCUACCAGUAGAAAGCACCCUUUCUCGAAAUUGGGAGAACCAGGGAGGAAAGUGGGUGAAAGCUUGUUAGGAGGCCACCAAGAGGCUACUUAAUGUCGGGUGAAAGUUUGGCGAAGCUCCCUUAAGCCCGACUCCAUCACUUUUGCUUGUAGCGGGAGCUGCUAGCGUUAACCUACCGGGCUUCUAUUUGUUUGAGUUCCUGAUUACCACGUGACCUCAUACGUAGGCACACAGACUGCUUUCUUAAAGGGGAAUGAACAUAGCCGAAAAACACAUUGUCAAAGCGGGAUGAAAAUACUAUAUUUUCUUGUUAUAUUAAAUAACCGAAUUUACCGACAUGUUCAGAAUGACGUCGGUCAUCGUGAAGAAUUUCGGAACCGGUAAAUUUUCGGUAUACCGCCCGGCUCUAGUGCGCGUUAAGCUUCCACUGAGCAAACCAGUUCUUCCUCCCAUCAGAUCGAGGACUAGCAGUUCAAAGAAAUGGAUUAAGCCUGCAAAUUGGGAGCAAACCAGUUCAAAACUUGGUCUAAAAAGCCAUUUUGCCUAGAUGUAAUCAAUGUAUGAAAAUGGGGCUCUGCGUUUCAUUACCUUCACUGAAACCCUGAGACUGACUCACCGAACCCUUAGGGUUCGAUUGAAUCCGGGUUAAGAACCACAGUUCUAGAUGCUAAGUCAAUGGAUAUGUUUGAGCAUUUCUUGGAGGAAACUAGCAAGGCAGGCAUUUUAUCAGUGUACCCUGGUUGGGGUUUAUUUUUGCACUAAGUGAAAACACAAUAUUCUGUUUAUUAUUUUGUCCUUGGAAUAACAGUUCAAAAUCAUUUAUUCCUACUCCAGGACAGCGAUAUUCUUGAGAAUACUGUAUGUUGGCUAGUGCUGGCACAUAUUUCCGAUAAACUAAUUGGGGGUUGAUUUCCCCAUUAAGGAUCUAUACUAAGUAGUGUUGCGCCGAUACCAUUUUUCGACUACCGAUACUGACAUCCGGCUGGUUGGUAUCGGUAUCGGUGCAACGCUACUACGAAGUGCUCAAAGACUUUUCCAAAUGGGGGGGACACAGGGGAGCUAUGCACUAAAGAGGCACAAUGUCAGUCGCCUCAAAACUACGCUAAUGUGAACUCGGCAUAUCAAGUUGCUCUGAAACCAUCAACGCUGAUUGCGAUCACAAGCUCAUCGCCGUCAGAAGUUGGUUGUUCUCUUAUUUUUGAAUGUAUUCUUCAAAGAUGACAAAAACUAAGACUCUACUCAAAUGCCGGCAGCUUUUGUGAUGAACAAAUAGGAAAGGGAACAAAUAACUGGCGCGUUAAGGUUUUGGGAGAAGUCCAUAUCUGUCCUGCAGUAUCCCUACACUCUGUGUGUAUAAAUGUCAAGUCAUUAUCAUCAUCAUUGGAGGAAUGAGAACACAGUGGAACCGCUAAGGUUGUCUUUUUCGUGACCCUGGCCGGCUACUAAUUUGUUCCAAUUUUGGGCAAAAAUGUCAGUUCGGAUUGUCUGACUUGAACUUGAGCUUCCGCCGUAUUCCUAACUAAGACUCGGCCAGUCCGGAAGCCGCGUGAUGGAGUUGCAUGCGCUACAGUGCGCCGCCUUAGCGUCUUUUGUGCAUGUACGUUGUCUUUCCGUCUUCAGUGUGCAUGACUGUCCACGUCACGUGAAAAAAAUGUGCUAUCGCGAGCAAAUAGUUGAUCAAUCAAAAGGCUUCUGACGACUGUUUGCGGUCCAAACAUGUACAGACAUCCUGAAAGUUGUCCGCAAAGAGGGCUUUGCUACUUUUCAAACCUUUUCCGCGUUCGUUCUAAAUAUCUCUCGUCUUGUUAAGGGAGAAUCUAAUUUUUCCACUCAUCUGAUACCACUUGCUCUCUUUCUUACGUCCGUGACCACUAGUGGGCGCCGCCACGCUUGGUUUUCAACUGCCAUCUUUCCUGAGGACUGUUUUAGACCGAAUUUACACGGCGUGUACUCUGUAUUGCAAGUGACACAAUUUCAGUACACACUGAAGGCCAAAAGUAUUGGCACCCUAAGCAAUUGUCAGAUCAUGCUCAAUUUAUCCCAGAAUAUGAUUGCAAUUACAAAUGCUUUGGUAGUAAUAUCUUCGUUUAUUUUGCUUGCAAUGAAAAAACAAAAAAGAAAAUGGGGAAAAAAUUAUAAAAAGAAAUCAUCACACAUUUACACAAAACUCCAAAAAUGGGCCGGACAAAAGUAUUGACACCCUUUGAAAAAUAAUCUGAUGCUGCUCUAAUUUGUGUCAUUAACAGCAGCUGUUACUUACCUGUGGUACAUAACAGGUGGUGGCAGUAAGUAAAUAACACUUGCAGCCAGUUAAAAUGGACUACCGUGUGUCUACCGUGCAAGGUGUCAUCAAUAAGUGUAAAGCCCACGGCACUGUGGCUAGCCUCCCUAGAUGUGGACGAGAAAGAAAAAUUGACAAGAGAUUUCAACAAAAGAUUGUGCGGAUGGUGUGUAAAGAACCUCAACUAACAUCCAAACAAGUUCAAGCUGUCCCGCAGUCCGAGGUUACCACAGUGUCAACCUGUACCAUCUGUUGGCGUUGAAUGAAAAGAGACUCUUCCCAGGAAGACCCUAGUUCUGACCCAGAAACAUAAAAAAGCCAGGUUGCACUUUGCCAAAACUUACCUGAGAAAGCCAAAAACGUUUUGGAAGAAUGUUCUCUGGUCAAAUAAGACAAAAGUAGAGCUUUUUGGAAAAAGGCAUCAACAUAGAGUUUACGGGGGGGAAAUGAGGCCUUCAAAGAAAAGAACACGGUCCCCACAGUUAAACACGGCUGAGGUUCCCUGAUGUUUUGGGGUUGCUUUGCUGCCUCUGGCACUGGACUGCUUGACCGUAUGCAUGGCAUUAUGAAGACUACCAAGAAAUUUUGCAGCAUAAUGUAGGGCCCAGUGUGAGAAAGCUGGGUCUCCCUCAGAGGUCGUGGGUCUUCCAGCAGGACAAUGACUGUGACGGCCCUGGCCGUUUAACUGUUGUUUUAUUUUGAGAAGCCGGCGGAUCGUCGCCUCCUCUAGAUGGCUGCCUCCCCUCCCAACGUGACGUAUGCUGAUUGACAUGCCGCUCAUUGGCCAGCCAAUGAAGGGCGCCAACUUCAAAAACCAGCAGCUGUCAACACUCUGGGAGGUCGCAUUGACAGCAUUCAUGCCGCGGUCCUCCUCGCCAUCUGUUUGCUCGCCGUUCAUUCACAUGUGCAUUUAAUCGCUUGCUAGUUACACUCCUGCUUUUUUUUCGGUGAGGUCUUUUGUGUUUGCCAUUAUUGGAUCGUUUUGUUCUGUAAAUAUGAGCACCGAAGCAGUAGGGGUAAGCUGCCAUUUCCGUUCAACCCGUUUUCUCCUGUUUUGUUUAGUGUAGGAAGCCAGGGUAGUGGCUGUUUUUUUGUUCUUUCCUUUUUACAAUCCGGGGUUAGUUAGGCAGUUGGGUUUAAGCGUAGAUUCCUUUUGUUUGUCAUUUUGGCCUGGGCUUACUCAGAAGCCGCGCUUCUUUGUUAUUUUGUAUUCCUUGUUCAUUGCGAGUUUGACUUGUGUAUAUAAAUUGUGUCCACUUGUAUACAUGUGGCUCGUUUUAUGUUACUUCCUCAGUGAGCCGUCCGUAGGACAUAACAAUGACUCAAAACACGCUUCGAAAAGCACUAGAAAACGGUUUGAGAGAAAGCACUGGAGACAUCUAAAGUGGCCAGACCUGAAUACCAUACAACACCAGUGGAGAGAUGGCACCCUUGAAAUCUCAGAGACCUGGAGCAGUUGGCCAAAGAAUGGUCUCAAAUUCCAGCAGAACAUUGUGAGAAACUCAUUGAUGCGGUUGUUCGUAGUUAUUUUGUCCAAAGGUUGUGCUACCAAGUAUGAGGCUGAGGGUGCCAAUACUUUUGUCCAGCCCAUUUUUAGAGUUUUGUGUAAAAUCCUAAUGCUUUAAAAAAAAAAAAAAAAUCCAUUAUCUUUUGUGUUAUUUCAUGGCAAGCAAAAUAAAUGAAGAUAUUCAUCAAUCAUUUUCUGGGAGAAAUUGUGCAUUAUCUGACAGAAUUGCAGGUGUGCCAAUACUUUUGGCCGGCACUGUAGCUGUGUUUACAUAUAACACGCCCAAAUUGCAUGUCAAUAUCUCCACAAGCGUCAAUACUGCACAGUGACAGCCAGGAAAAGAACAGCACUACAUGAAUGAGGUAAGUAUUCAAUGUUAAACUAGGUUUAGCGGGCCUGGGCAGAGUUUCUCACCCAGAAAAUGUGAAAUUGUGUCACUUGAAUCACACCGUGUGAAUCCAGAUCAUUUUAAUAGAUUAGAUCAGAGAGCUUUUUGUCAGUACUGUAGUCACACGAUGCACAAAAGCCAAGUAUCUAUAGGAAGUUUGAGCCAAACUCAACUUUUAAUCCUAUUUGUCCUGUGCACCCUCCAAAAAAACUAUGAAAAGGAACAGAUUGGUGAUUGACUGUUGUCAGGCCAACUUUUGCUAUUUGUUUGACAUUUUUGACCCAACUUUCUGAGUUUUGAGUGACAUCUGAUUUAAUGUUUGCUUUCAAGCGUGUCAAAUCCGAAUGCUUGGCCAAAAAAGGGCAUAGGAUAUACUGUCAUUUGUUUUGUAUUUAUCUUGUUUUGAUAAAAACAUAAUCCUGUUUUCAUUUUUAUAAGAAAACCCUAUUUUAAUGUUUUGUCAUAUCGGACAUCUCGGCCGCAGUCAGACUCUCACUGGCCAGUUGAGAACAGUUCAGACUCCGUGCUGCUUCAUUUCUCCACGUACUGUACUGAUGCAGAAACGCACUCAAAAUACGGUCAUAUCAGGAACCUCUGGCUUCAGACCGCCGCGUUUAUCACCCGCGGCGACUUGUCCGCCACGCGCGAGGUUCCGACUCUUCUGCUGUGGAUUCGUCCGUCGUCCCGAUCGCCUCUCGUUCGUACGCCAUACGUUUUGCACACGAUGUACAUAUUUAUAUAGAUGUAAUGCAUAUUUUUAUACAUGUGACAUCCACGGGCGCUCUAUUUUGUAAAUACUCAAAAGUUGUAUGCUUUUUAUGUGAUAAUAAAAAAUUGGUGUACUACAAAGUAUGUUCUUGAUUCCUGCCUUUGUGGGUAGUAGGGCUGUGCCAUCUUUGGCACCCCACGAUUCGAUUAGAUUCCAGUUUGAUUAUUGAACAAUGAUCGCAGUAUUGGCGAUGAUCGCGAUUAUCGAUGCAUCGUACAUUGCUAAUUAAUACAGUAGCCAACCAAAUUUAUGUCCAUUACUUAUUUAAAAUAUCCUAAUGAUUCAACAGGGAACAUGCCCAUACAACAAAAAAACUGCCCUUAAGCUGCUUUUUUAUUUCACAAGAAAGUGCAAAAACAUUAACCAUUUUAAAGGGAGUACUUAUUUCUCUCAAAAAUGCAAUAAAAUUUAUAUCGGUGGAAUGAAUUCCACAUUUUCUGGACACAAAGUGUCUUUAGAAAUAAGACUUCUUUUAACCAAUACACUUUGUUCUCACUGAUUUCUGUACUAUUUCGCAUGUUACCGCUGUACUUAAUCUUGGUUUUACAAUUUCUGAAUAUGAAAUACAUGUUAGCGAAUUAGCUUAGCGUUCGGCGCUAACUAUUAACAUCUCAAAAACAACAAUAAAGGCUGAACAGUACAAGAGCGCACCUCUUAUAGAUGCACACGGGUCUUAGCAACACACUCAGGACAUUUUUCAAUUGAAAUGCCUUAAAACUAUUGCUGGACAUCUGAAAGACAAGGAGCAAGGAACUAUCUCUCUUCCCCUCUUGCUCUAAAAAAUAACUUGCGAAAGCGCAACCACCGGAUUGCGCUUCUGUCCCAGCCCCUCUCAUACACAAAUUUAUUAUCCAGUCUUUUAAAAAGGAGGAAAUCUCUCACUUAGUAACUGGCAGCAUCCAUUAUAACGUGCGCGCGCCUGUUAGCGGUGCCCGGCGGCAGACGUGUCUUGAAUUUCGUUCUGCUACGAGCGGCUGCCAUAAAGUUAUGAGGGAAAAACAUCGUUUUUGAACCUUUAUGAAUCGUAAUCGAAUUGUCUCGUGUCGAAUCGCGAUGCAUGUAAUGAUCAAUUUUUGGGAACACCUCUAGUGGGUACACUUCUUUUUCGGUUUGGCAAAGUGUAACAUCAUCCGGUCAAACUUGUUAUCCCAAAAGAAGUGCGCUCAUACUUAAAACAAAGCGGUCAUGAAUUUGAAGUGCGUGCGUUCCUGUAAUUUGCUAACAACUUCCGAGAGACCGCAAUGACCUAGUCGAAUCUUGGUCACGAUGACUUCAUUGCAACGUCCUCUCCUGUUUCCAAUGUUUACCAUAGAAACGCUCCUUUUUUUGGUCCUGUUGAAAGGUGUUCCGUUUAUAUUUUUUAUCUCCAAGGCAAACCAGGCGCUCGCAUCUGCUUUUCAAAGGCUCACAAAGUCCACCCACGGAUUCAUUGUUGGUUCUGCCAAGGACAAAAUCAUUUCUCAGUCAACCCUCUGCUUUUAAGAGGGCCAAUUAUUUAUAGAACGUGCAGAAAGUAGUCUGACUCGUUCAGGCUGCUUGGUGUUGCCUCCUCUUCAAAUCAGGGAAAUUUGGCGUCCCCCACUAUAAAGUCCAAUCACUUGAUAUGGGGAUACUAAACUACGGAUGUCGCCGUCACAUAUUUUACAUACGAGUCACGAAUCCAAAUGUUUUUUUGUUGCAAUUUGCACAAAGGUAUCCCAACAUGAUAGCCACAAACAACAUUUAUUUAUUACAGACAGCAGUGGUUUCAAUGAAGCAACAACAUAAAUCAGUCACUUGCUCCAUAAAGGGUUAAAGGUCAUAAGCAUACGGGCAGUUUAAGGGGGGCCAUGGU